GAAAGUGUAACGUGUGACAGUCUCUAUGGCAACAGGUGUAAACAAUCUAAUCCAGCUCGAACAGAUCGCAUUGAACACUAAAGCACAGAGAGAUGCCGAAUAAAAAAGGAAAGAAGGGAAAGAAAGGAAAAGGAAAAGGAAAAAAAGAUGGCAAGCAAGAGUCAAAACGGGAUAAGGAGUCUGAAAUAGAGAAGGCUAAAGCAAACAUGGCUCUGUGGGAGGCCAGGUGUGAUAUGACGGAGAGUUCUCGCGUGGAGUAUUCUGAAGCCGCGCGACGCCUGAGCAAAGCCAACCAGCAGCUCACUGACCUACAGCACCACACCGAGAAGAACACCAUCGAGAUCAUCGCUGUUCUGAGGAAGAAAGACCUGCAGAAUGAGGAGAGGAUCACUGCACUGGAACAACAAAUACAGCUUGAGAAAACAAGAGCCUCUCAGGAAAAAGAGAAUUUGGUCACUGAAUACAUGCUGCAGAUCAAUGAGCUGGAGGAGAAAUUUAAAAAGAGAUGUAGCGAGUUCAGCAUGAUUCAGGAGGAGCUAAAGAUCAUCAAUGACUUCCGUAGGAAGAAGCCCCAAAUGGAGCAAGAACUCAAAAAUAUGAAAGAAACAAUGGAAAACGCUGAUCUAGAACACAAGAAAACACUUGCAAGAAUGGAGCAAAAGUUCUUCAAUAAUAAGGUUCACUUAGAGAAGGAAGCUGAGCAAAAGAUUGCUGUGCUGGCAGAAAAAGCUCACAAUGAAGCCAUCAUACAGCUGGAUGACGCAUCGCGCUCGAUGUUCAAGGAGAAUGUGCGUUUAAAUAAGGCAUUGGGUUACCACAUCAAAGAGGUGGAGGAUCUGCGGAAGAGAAAUGCAGAGCUGGCAGAAGAGAACGACAUACUAAAUCUGCAUAAGGAGAUGAGUCAGGACACCUCGAAUGACACCAUAUCUAAGCUUACAGCCCAGCGGACCACAAUUUCUGAGCUGAGAGCAAAGGUGUUGACACUGGAGCAGACGCUGGCCAGCAUGGUGGCUGAGUUUGAGAGGAAGAAGGCUGACAUCAAGCAGCGUGCUGCGGUCAGAACUCAGGCCAGCGGUGUAGAGCUGGACAAACUGCAGAAGCUCCUGAGCGUACGGGACAGGGAGUUGAGCCGAUUGAAGAGAGUAGCCCGCAGCGUCGUGGAGCAGUGCUCAGACAUGGAGAUCCUCUUCCAUGAGGCUCUAAAUCACGUGAAGCAGGAGAUGUUAAUGCACAGACAGGAAGAAGAGGUGAAUCAUAGCAGGCGGAUGGAUGAGUUCUUAUCAGGGAAAAGGGAUCAUGUUCACACCAUCAACAAAACUCCCCACAGUACCAACAGCAUUUCUGUAGGUAUGGAAGAGGCUGAAAAGGGCAAUCUGAAGAAAGCCAAAAUUCACGUAUCAGAGAUGACCUGGGAGCAAAAAGAGAGAGUUCUCAGACUGCUCUUUGCCAAAAUGAAUGGCCCGAAAUCAAAGAAAGCAAUUCAUGCUCCGGCGCUGGCAGAUUCUGAAUGGAACCAGUGUAGCAGCAAUCCAGGGAAUGAAGAGGAGGAAUCCAAUGCGACCUUUUUAACCCAAGCAGCAGUUUCCAGUAUGAGCUCCAGUGAUAAUUGCAGUGCUCUGCCUGACCUGUAGAUCACCUGACCUCAUCACAGAUAAGAGAGCUAAAUAAUGUCAAAGUAUAUGUUGGAGAUUGCAUAUCAACUAUGAAAUACCAAGAAGUUUUCAUGAAUGUCUAUACCACAACUUAAAAACUUUUUUUUUUUUAUAAUACAUGUAGAGAUGCCCACAUACCAAUACUGAUAAUACUGGAAUUA